GCGUGGAGCGGAGCGCACGGGGGGCACCAGCGCGACCAACCGAGCCGCAGCGGGACCGGAGCCGAGCCCAGGAUGAUAAACACCCAGGACAGUAGUAUUUUACCUUUGAGUAACUGUCCCCAGCUGCAGUGCUGCAGGCACAUCGUUCCAGGGCCUCUGUGGUGCUCCGAUGCCCCUCACCCACUGUCGAAGAUCCCCGGUGGGCGAGGGGGUAGCAGGGAUCCUUCUCUUUCAGCUCUGAUAUAUAAGGAUGAGAAGAUCACUGUUAGCCAAGAUGUCCCAGUGCAUGAAGGGAAGCCUCACAUUGUCCACUUCCAGUACAAGGUCACAGAGGUGAAGACCUCCUCCUGGGAUGCAGUGCUCUCAAACCAGAGCCUCUUUGUGGAAAUCCCUGAUGGAUUAUUAGCUGAUGGAAGCAAAGAAGGGUUGUCAGCUCUGCUGGAGUUUGCUGAAGAAAAAAUGAAAGUCAACUACGUCUUCAUCUGCUUCAGAAAAAGCAGAGAAGAUCGAGCUCCACUCCUGAAGACAUUCAGCUUCUUGGGCUUUGAGAUCGUGCGGCCUGGUCACCCCGCAGUCCCAUUGCGGCCGGAUGUGAUGUUUAUGGUGUACCCCCUGGAUCAGAGCUCCUCCUCCGACGAAGAGUAGCUGCAGUGGGGACUCCAGUGGGACCCCAACAUGCUGUGGAGGGGAGAGAGGGUUCCACCUCCUUUCUUGAGGAAAGGGAAGCCAAGUUUCUGUUGGACUGCAAGUGCAUUUCUCAUUGUUAGAUUGGGCUGUGUAUCCCCAGAGUUGACUCUCAUUGAAACAUGUUGCCUAGAGAACUAUCUAUCACACAUGUAAUCAUCACUAGGAAAAGGAAGAUGUUUAUGAACUGGCAUAGAAGCUCUUCCCGUGCAGCUGUGUGGUGUGGGAGCCCCGGGGCCUGGGCCCUGCUUGGGGUGCACCCCCGGGACUCCACCGGACCCAUGGCAGUGCCUCCCACCUGCCCAGUAUGUGCUCUUUCAUUCCCCACUCAAGACAUAAAGCAAACAGCCUGGUUUGGUGUGGGACACAUGCAGGAGACACUGAAGUUUAUCCUUUAACACUACAUUAAACCCCCCAUGCGUCUCUGCUCCAAUGCUGGUUUAACUGGUCUUUUUUUUUUCCCUUUUUUUUUCUUUUGAAAAUUCUUGCUCUUCAGCUUUUGUUUUACGCAGUCUUAACCCUGUUCCAUGUUCCCACUGCACUAUCACAGCGUUCAAUAAAAGGGGCAUUCAGAUGAACUUCACACA